UAUGCUUUCUCAUGCCGUAGAGAAGAUCGAAAUGAAAACUGGUAGGCCGACGCUGGAGUCCUGGUGCUGUUCACUAAGUCCCUAAUGAAUGUUGUACUUUGCGCGAUCGUGCAUCUGUUUGUAGUUCACAUAGUGUCACUAGUGUUGUAAAUGUAAUUUGAGCGAUCAUACAUCGAGAGAUCAGAGAGUGAGACUGAGACCAUCCCUCAAAACCCACAACUUUCCACUUUCAGGUAAUCAAUGGACGCACUAAUGUUAUGCUUUGGGAGCUUCCACAUCAAGAUGUGCUGGGCCGAAUCUGCUAAGUUGAAUUCUUGAAAUAGUGAUCUCGAGUACUUUUUUUAUUCCACUAAAGUAGAAAAUUGAAGAAACUAAAUAGAGGUUUCGGUGUCUUAAAGAUUGGUAAAUCGUUCCACGUAAACAACCAGCGCUAGCGCCAGCGGCUCUGCACCAGUACUGAUGGAACUGUCUGAAAAAGUACUAGAAGUCAACAUGAUUUCCAUUCACGAAUAUGAUUAGCAGAAACAGAGGACAUCUUGCACCGCAGAGCCGCGGACCUUGAACCUUGAAACAGACACCUUGAAUCGACCUCUAAUCAUUUGGGAAGCCUUGUCGAUGUCCUCGGCCUCCAACUUAGUUUGUCUCUUCUGCAACCUCUUGAUGGUGAUCUAUAUGGUGGUAUCCGGCUAUCGAACACUAGUCGACUCUCCUGGUUGUGCGGUCUAUUUUGCCCUUGGAUUCGCCGUCCUUCUCGGCAACACGGUGUUAGCAGGAAUGACCUUCGCAAUGUUGUACAUUAUGGCCGUGGUAUGAACGGCCUGAUGAAGAAGAAGUAUUGAUAGUAAAGAGUUAGUCUGUACAUCAUUAUGGAGGUUGCGGGACGAGCCUGCUGGAGUACAAAAGUAAACUGAUACAUAGUCGUAGUACUAGUAGAAAAUGAGCAACGAGAACGAACUAGUGCGUCGACCUCGAGGAGAAGCAGUGUACUAUGUCGUUAGAAAAAUUUCGAUCCUAAUCCAAAUGCAUAGGUCUAGGUCUAGUAGAUCCCCAUUGCUAUCUCUUCUAAGUCCAGUGGCUCAAAAGGCAUCCGACGUGAACAUGCAAGAAGCCGACGAAUGGCACAGAGGAGGUUGUUUUUCUUACCUUCAAACUCCUCAGAGCGCAAUCGCGGUCGACCAAGCUUGGCAAGAAGACCUCCAAGUAGGCGCACAUCUUCAGCGCGUGGAGGAGGUAGGAGGAAAAGUCGAAGGUCGGUCGUCCAGGAUUUCCCUGUUGGGCCAAAUCAACAAACCUACACAGCCUAUCCUCGAGUUCCUGCUCCCCCACCUGAUUUUGCGAGACUUACACCUUUAGCAGGAUACCCAAGCCCAACAGGUGGUCUUGGGACAAGCAGAGGCGCCGGGAAGAUACGUGAUAAAGGUAUACAACAGCUUGUUGGUGGUAAGAGAAGAUCUUUGAGCGCGCAACAAGAUCUAGUAGAUUAUCGGCAGAUGAAAGUAAGACGAAACAAACAUGGAAAUGCCGAAAGCAAUAGUCCUGAAGACCACAGCUGCUCGUCAAGUAGAAGUAGGAGUUCCUCAGCAACGAGUGAACAACUACUCAAUACCUCAACAUCUACUUCUGGGGAGAGCGAAUCCAGCGGUGCAGAACGAGUGGUAGACAAAAAUGGUAAGCAGCGGAGAAAACAGCGUGGCUCCACCAGGACCUUUGGACCGCCUGUAGUCCAUCCUAGAGGUCGUGCACGUCGCAACUCUUCGCCGAUUGGGAAACAUAAAGCGACAACACGUGAAACAAAUGGUGCUGGUGGAAGCUAUACGACGACUACCUUUAAGGGUUCGGCUGAUUCCACAUUUAUACUUGAUUAAUUUCGAGUUUGGAAGCAACAUCAUCUUGUUAGACUUGGUGAGAAAACAGGCGUGGAAUUUCAUGAGGCAUGUCAAACUCUGAAUUUCAGCAGGGAAUUCCAACCAAGAGCAAUAUUGGCAAGAUAGUGGAGCCGCUACUUUAUGACCAAUUAACCACGUUAUCUGUAUUGAAGGGAUCACCAUUUCGCGAUGGCUGAAGUAACUUAGAUCGCUUAAAUGCAUGCCUUUUCUAACCCAUACUCGCAGAAAUUCGAUCCGUCGAUCGGACACUCCGGAGGCUACCGAACAGUGACGACUACGAAAAAACAGUAUACGUUGGUGUGAAGUGAAGUUGUCGGUCUGAAUGGAAUUCCCUCCGAUCCCUCCAAAAAUUGAUGCCGACCAUAUUUUUAGUGCCAGAUAACAUGUCAUGAAGAGGAUAGGCAAUAUAAUCAAAUGUACAGCCAAGAAGUGUAGUUAUUUCUUUUACCGUUUUCAAAUUUGAAUUGAUGAUUAAUUUCCUCCUAUUGUGCAUGUAUUUAUUUUAUUAAGAACAAUUACUUAUACUGAGUCCUGAAAGAAUAUCAUCUAGCAAUAUCAAUACCACAGCUAGGCGGCUACUGCCACUGAAUCCUUAUCCUAUAUAUCAAUAUCAAUAUCUGUCGUCACAACACCGUUACCAAUGAUACACUGUCUAGUGCUACGUGAAUCCUUAUCCUUAUCGUCGUGAAUACCAAUUCCAAUACGAUCAUUUUUUGUGAAUACCAAUUCCUUCUCAGCUUCCAGAUUUUGAUAUUUUUGAUUGUUUGUUGAACCAUUAAAGAAAUGGCUGAACCUGAAGCUUGCUGAGACAUCCGGCAAUGCAAGCAAGCUCGACAUAGAUAUCACUGCAACUAGAACUACUUACUUGGGUAGUGCCGUGUAUAAUCAUCGACCUUGAGUUGUUAUGUGUAGCUAAACGAAAUUACUCUGCCAAAAUACUCUUUGUGAAAGAAAAAACUGUAAAAACUGCUUGUGCUCUCAUUCAGAACUAGACGAAAGAAAACUUAAGAAGAAAAAGAAGAUGAAGUCUGUGUCCGACGUCCUCUGAUGUGCACGUCAAGAGGGAGAACGUCUGCUUCGUCUUCUUGACUAAGAUGAGCAUCGAGCAGAUGAAUGCUUGUUCAUCCAUUUUGCUCGCAUGAUCAUGAAGAGUCACUAGAAAUUGUGACGAAUAUGAGGAUCCAGAUGAAGAUCUUACUUAGAUGAUUCUGAAGAUCCAACCCUGAUCCAACUCUGAUGAUCCAACAUAGUAGAAGAAAAUAAUUAGGUUCACGUAGAAUAAAUAGAAGUAGGCUGCCUACGAUCCUGUAUAGACUUUCAAGUUUUUCUUAAGCUGGCCACGAUCCUCUAUAGUCUUAGUUGAUAGUCUUAGUCGUUUCUAGCACAUAGCCGUCGCCGUGGGUCCAACACUUGUUUGCUCCGCGUUCAUGAACUUGAGCAAGAAGAUCAAUUACUUACUUUUACCUCUAGGUGUACUAGUCUUCACUCAUAAUGAAGGCACUGUUCUCUCCGCUUCAAAGCUUAUGCUUAUUAAAUGGAGUUUAUAGAUCAAGACGUAAGACCACAAGAUCCUGAAGCCAGAUCUACCAAAAUGAAG